GGUGGAGUCGGUCCUGGAGGCUUUGGAACUCGUCCUGGUGGAGUUGGUCCUGGUGGAGUCGGUCCUGGUGGAGUCGGUCCAGGUGUUUAUGGAGGAUAUGGCGGUGGUUAUGGACCCAAACCCCCCAAAACAGGUGGUGCUGGAACAUCUCUUGGAGGAACGGGUUAUGGGCCUGGAGGAACUGGAUUUAGACCUGGGGGUGCAGGAUUUGGGCCUAGUGGUGGAGGAGUUGGACCUGGGGGUGCAGGAUUUGGGCCUGGGGGUGCAGGAUUUGGACCUGGGGGUGCAGGAUUUGGACCUGGGGGUGCAGGAUUUGGGCCUAGUGGUGGAGGAGUUGGACCUGGGGGUGCAGGAUUUGGGCCUAGUGGUGGAGGAGUUGGACCUGGGGGUGCAGGAUUUGGGCCUAGUGGUACAGGAGUUGGACCAGGGGGUGCAGGAUUUGGGCCUAGUGGUGGAGGAGUUGGACCUGGGGGUGCAGGAUUUGGGCCUAGUGGUACAGGAGUUGGACCAGGGGGUGCAGGAUUUGGGCCUAGUGGUGGAGGAGUUGGACCUGGGGGUGCAGGAUUUGGGCCUAGUGGUACAGGAGUUGGACCAGGGGGUGCAGGAUUUGGGCCUAGUGGUGGAGGAGUUGGACCUGGGGGUGCAGGAUUUGGGCCUAGUGGUGGAGGAUUUGGGCCUAGUGGUGGAGGAGUUGGACCUGGGGGUGCAGGAGUUGGACCUGGUGGGACAGGAGUUGGACCUGGUGGUGCAGGAGUUAGACCUGGUGGAACUCUUCCAGGCGGAGGUCCGAUAUUACCUCAGACUGGUGCAGGAGCUGGAGGAAAAAGUGGUGGUAAAGCAUCGAAACAAGUUCCAGGCAUUGGCGUACCGGGACUUUAUCAGGGUGGAUUUGUACCAGGUCAAGGUUUUGGAGGCCGAGGGGUUCUCCCUGGAGUAGUCACUGGAUCUGGAGUUGGGCCUCAAACUGGGACUGGAGUACUUGGUCAAGGCGGGGUAGGACAAGGAAGCAAUGGUCGAGGACAAACAUUAUCUGGAGUUUUUCAUGGUUACCCUCUAAUAUCACCAAAAUCAG